AUGGCGGACAAGUAGUUCAACUUAUUUUGAGUAUUAACUUUUUUGUUUCAGUGUUGGUAAAUACAAGAGUCUGCAGUUGUCAGACAAAAUGACAGAUAUAUUAUGCAAAUGGCUGAAUGAUGAGCUUCGUAUUUCGAUGCAAAUCGAUCAAGCCUCAUUUGCUAAGGAGUUUGCUUCUGGAUAUCUCAUUGGAGAAGUUUUACACAAGUAUCAACUUCAGGAUGACUUUGAUCAAUUCUCCCAGAGCAAGACGGCGGACUCGAAGCUCAACAAUUUCACUCGGCUUGAGCCCAUGUUGCACUUGCUGGGGAUCCCGUUUGACACCAACCUCGCUCGAGAUAUUAUGACAGAGAAACACGGGACGGCUACAAGACUUUUAUAUCAGAUGUACAUCGCUCUGAACAACAAAAAGAAGGCUAACUUAACUGGUGUUGCCAUGGAAACCCUUCGACCGGCUGCCCCAGCUAAGCUUGGACUGAAAGAGAGUGAAAUUUACAAAGAGGAAAAUACUCAGGAUAAGCGUCUCAAACAUGCAACGCCUCGUCAGACUGACCUGAAUCUUCAAGCUCUUGUGGGGCGAUUUCAUCAACAUCAGAUACGAAUGGAACAGACUGCCUUCAAAGAGAGGUUUGAAGAUGCAGAAAGGUUGUAUCAACAGCGACAAAAUGACCGGAAUGCUCUCAUUGAUCGCUCUCGCAGGUUGAGGGAGAAGCAAAGUGAACUUGUGGCUAAAAUCAACGCUGCUUCUGUGCACAUUCCAAAGCCCCCUCCAAACCAUACUCUGAAAGCCAUUCAAGCCCGAAAUGAGUCCAGAAGGAAGAGGGAGUCUGAGCUGACAGUCAAAGAGAUUCAUAACUUUGAGGAGAAAAUGAAAAUGAUUCUACCACCCAGUGAUGAGGGCGAUGAGGUUGACAUCCAGUACAUUAUGACAAGAGAUGAAGACCGUGGUGAACCAAUCCAUAUGCUCCGCACUGCUCCGAAUGAUGAGUACAUUGGGAAAAUCCGGAAGAGACUGCAGGAAGAUGCAGCAGCUCGAGAGGAGAGAGAAAAGAGGCGGAGGAAGGUUCUUGGUGAUCAGAUGCUGGCUCAUGAGGCACAAGAGGAAGCACGAAGAGAAGAAAUGAUGGUGAACCGCCUGAUGAGACAAUCACAGCAGGAAAGGCGCAUUGCUGUACAAUUACUGCAGGCUCGUCAUGAGAAGGAAGUGAUUCGACAGAAUAGAAUUUUCAGAGAGAAACAGUAUCAGGACCGUAGACUGAAGGACUUUGAGGAUGCCCUUGACCUUGAAGCGGAAAUGGCUGCUCUUCACAAGAUUGAAUAUGCUGAGCAGAUCAAGGCAGACCAAUAUUUGCAUGACAAGAUUGCUGCUCAACGUGCAGAAGAACGCUACAAGCGGCAUUAUGACAUGUGUGCAGAGAUGGUGUCAAGUGUUGUAGAUUUUUCCUGCAAGGUGGCAGAGUACAGGGAGCUCACCAACAACUUAUUGCCAGCCAAACUGAUGCGAGAGUGGAAGUUACUGUUCACAUCUGGACAGCCCCUGUAUGAGAAAGUGGAACAGGAGGUGUCAGAGUUGACCCCUGAGCAAGUGCUGGAGGAGGAUAGACAGCAGUUGCUGGAUGAGGGUGACUUUAUGGAGUACAAGAACAUGAACGGAGAGUGGCAAGCCCCGGAGGCCAGUGAGAUUGAGGGUCCUCCUCGCAAUAACCCAGUGGUUGGACACAUUGUGCAACGCUUGUUCAACAUAGUCCACCCUCCCACUCCUCCACCUCCCCCACCAGAGUUUGCACCUUUCCCUGUCCGUGCUUGUGUACUUGGAAAAGUGUUUAGUGGAAAAACAUCAUGUGUGAAGAGACUGGCUGAAGAGCACAGGCUUGAGGUGUUGGUACCUGAGCAAUUAGUUCAUGAGGCUGUGGAGGCCCACAAGGCUGGGGAACUCGAAACUCAAGAUGAGACUACUCAGGUUGAUUUUGGCGAUGAUGAUGCAGAUGAUACCUUAUCUGGACAGGAGGCAGCUCCACCUGCUGAUGAAAGUGUGGUUGAAGAACAGCCAUCUGUUGCGGAUGCCAUCUCGGAGGUUGUGAGCCAGAGUGGUGAUACAGCACCUGGUGAAGUGGCAGCAACUCCAGCGACCGAACCAGUAACCGUGGAGAAGUCUGGCUCUCAGGCUGGCACUGAGCCCCCUGGUACAGCUGGCAGCACCAAACGUGAAUUGUCCACUGAUCUAACCAAGUCUUCCACUGGAUUCAGGAGGUCAAAGGCUAAUGCUGGCCCUCAGCCUACUGCUAGAGCUAAGUUGGGCUCCAAGGCCUUGAAGUUCCUAAAAAAAGGUCGCCCUGUUGAUGAUCAGAUAGUAGUGGAUGUCAUUAUUGAAGCAAUCAGACGUGUACCAGAGGGAACAGGCUGGAUACUUGAUGGUUAUCCUCAGAACUACAACCAAGCCAAAAUGCUGGAGAAAUCUCUCAGUGGAUAUGACGGCAAUGCGCGGGAGACCGCAAAGCGAGAACCAAAGAUAAAGAGGAAAUCCAGCUUAGUCCCAGAUCCACGACCUCCUCCACCCCCACCUGACCCACCCAGUGGUAUUGAUGUGGUUGUCUUGUUUGACAUUAGGGAUGAACUUUGCUUGAAGAGAGCUGCUGGAAGAGUUGAACAAAUUCAGGCUGAGAAAACUUUUCAUGAAGAAUUCAAUCCUCCUCCUGAGGGCAGCGCAACGGGUGUUGGCAACACAGAAAAAGUACAACCUGUCAAGGACCAAGCGUACGAUCAAGAGCAGAUUCAAACUAGGAUCACAGGUUUUCUAGACCAGUGGAGCAAGCUGGAAAAAUGGUUCCAAAGGUUUGGCACCCUAAAGACAGUAGAUGCCAGCCUUGAGAAAGAUUCUGUAUAUUUUGAAACAGAAAAGAUUCUUGAGGACACCCUUUGUAAGAUUCAGAAAAAAGAUCAAGAAGAAGUCGCAGCUGCCACUGCAGAGGCUGAGAAAAUUGAAGAGAAAGAGGCUCCAGGGGCCCCCCCAGAGCUCCCGCCUGAACCACCCAAAGAAGAGGCUGCGCCUGGAGGUCCGGAUGUUCGAACUUCAAGACCAUCAUCUAAAGCUGGUAGCAGAGCUGGAGCUGAAGGGGAGACUGAAUCAGAAAAUGAAAAAUCUGGAUCAGGAUCAGCAGAAACAGGAGAGAACAAGUCAAAUGAAAUAUCUGGAACAUCUGAGCAGGAAUCUGGUCUCACAGAGGAAAAAUCUGAUCUUGGUUGUGAAACAGAGAAACCUAAUCUUUUGAAUGGCCCCGUUGAAUUCAAUGUUAACAUAACAGUUGACCUCUCCAAGGCACUUGUUAGCGAUGGUGAUGAUGCAGGGUCAGCAAAGUCUGGAGGUUCCAAAAAAUCAAAGUCUCCAAAGGGCAAAAAGUCAGAUACUGGCAGUGCCAAGGACAAGAAGGGAAGCCGAGGCUCAUCUCCUAAAUCUGCUGGUAAAAAAGGCUCAAAGAAGUCCAAGACUCCAGAACCUGAACCCGAACCUGAGCCUGAGGAGCCCAGUGGGCCACCCCCACCUAAACCUGGGGAUGAGGAAUGGGAGUUUGUUGACUUGGAUGUUGAUGAUGAGCUUGCCAAAGUGUUGGUUCUUCACUGGGAAGAAACUGAGAAGACUUAUGUCAACAAUUGCAAGACAGUGUUCCGCAACUUGCGUGGCGAGAGAGAAAACAUAUACAGAUAUUUUUUCCAGAUCAGAAAGGACUUCUUACAAUAUCUGCGACGUCCAGAUUCCAAGCAAGAAUUCAUUGAACAAUGGCAAAAGACAUACAACGAAGUCCCUGACGACAUGAGAGAUGAUGAGGAAACUAGGGCGGAGCUUCAUCAACAAAUUGAUGACCUCAAGGAGAAGCUGUGGAGUAUCUGUGAUGAGAGGAAAGAGCAAGCUGAGAAUGAAAGAGAGACCAUCUUGAAUGAUGGCUGGCUGGAUGAUCACCUUGGUGUGCUCAGUAACCAUUACCUUACUGUCAUGCAAGCUGAGGUGGACAGACUGCAGGAUACGGUUCGCCUGCUGAAGGACUACUACCGAGGUAUGGAUGGACAAGUGCCAGAUGCUCUGAACCCUGACUAUGAAAGAUUGCCACUUAUUGAGCUUCCAGUUGAGAGACCUGAAACCCCAGAGGGUGCUGGGAGUGAAGGAGCACAGUCCCCUGUUGACGACUCUAGGUCUGACAGGUCAGCUUCUGCCCGGUCCAAGUCACCCAAAGGAGGACGAAGGUCGAAAUCUCCCAAGGAACGGGCCAAGUCUCCUAAAGGUUCAAAAUCGUCUAGGGCUGCAUCGGGCAAGAAGAAAAAGGGUGGUAAAGAGACACCUCAGCCAGAAGUGCCAAAGUCAUCAGAGGGUAUUGGUCGCAGAAUUGUCAUCCCCCUUGUUCCUCGUCGCCCCAUGUCCCCAGACGCCGAUGCCAAGACAGGAGCCACUCCCAGCAAGGACAAAAAAGACAAAAAAGGCGCAAAGAAAGGAGGCACUGAAGAAGUUCCAGGGGCAGAGAGUCCCGCUCCACCUCAGGAUCUUGAUGAGAAGUUGAUCUUUGAUGGUUUCACCUUUGCCAUCAAUGCUAUCUCACAAAUGGUAUCUGAACUGAAGAUUCAAGCAGAGAUGCAAGCCCGAGAAGCCGAGGAGGAAGCAGAGAAGUUGAAGCAGCAGGAGCUUGAGAAAGAAAAAGAGAAGAACAAGGGAGUUAAAGGUGGAAAGGGAGGAAAGAAAGGAAAGAGCCGUAGUCCUUCUCCCAAAAAAGGCGGCAAAGGAAAGGACUCUGAAACUUCCGGUACUCCACCACCAGCUCCAUCUGAAGUGAGUGAGGAAGAACAGCAGAAAAAGUCAGCCAAAGAGAGAGCCAGAGAAGAGUUUUAUUUUUCUAUCCAAGAAGAAGAGCAAGCUUCCAAAGUUCGUUUGGAUCUGAUCCGUCAGCUUGCCUGUGCUGUUCUUCAAGAUUUGAAGAGCAAAGGAGAAGAUGCCUUCAAAGACAUGAAUGACUGGCUAGGAGCAAGAUUUUUGAAAGAGAUGGAAAGCAUUGACCAGAUGGCAGAGGUCACACGGAAUGCAGUCGAGAACCGUGAGAAGAUCAAGUACACUAUUACUCUUGAUCAAGACAAUUUUGUUUUGGAUGAGGAUCUGAAAGUGCUGAAGACUCCGAGCCCAGCCCCACCUCCUCCACCAACAGAAGUGGCCUUGUCCGACCAGUUUACUGUGGCUCAACUCCGCAGCCUUUAUGAGCAGUUCCGUGCCACUGCUCCGACGGGCAUCAUCUCAAGCAAAGCUUUUGUUGAGAUGUUUGAGAAUCUAGUGCUGGUCACUCAGGGUAUGGAGUCUCUGCCUGACAUGUGGAUGCAGCUGACCCCAUCACAGAUCCAAGAGUUGGCCAACACCCUGUCAUCUGAGACAGACUAUGUGGACUGGCGACGUCUGUUUGUGUCCUUGUGUUCCCCAAUCCCCAUUCCAACUCAGCAACAGCUUUUGGACAGCCUCCAACGUUUCAAGGAGAUGGACCAGAUAGGCAGUGGAACAGUUACCAGAGAGCAGUGGCAGAGGAUGUCUCUGUGGUUCUCACCUGAAGACACCUUGACUGGAGGCUUUGACCGCUUGGCUGAGCUGCAGAAAGCUUUGUUUGAAAUAUUUGCUGACCACACAAAACCCAUCUCUGCGCUGUUCUAUGAGAGCUUUUUGAUGUAUUUUUCUGCUGCACCAAACUACCAUGAAGGCUUUUUGCGGGCACUUAGUGUGACAGGUGGUCAACACAUUCCUCGUUUGGGCAAGCCAUCUUUGACCUCUUUAGCCACCCAGCUGGGAGAGAGAGUACCCAGUAUUGUAGACAGCAUCAUCCAAGAGGGAACAGAUUUCAAGGAUGAUGAAAAAACUCAUUCUGAACCUCCAAUGUCAGAAGAAGUGAUUCCUUCUUCGGCAGAUGAUGCUCUUGUUUCUGUCGAAGCACUGUUUAAGGUGUUGCAUCAUGGAGAGAUCACCAAGGGUGACAGUCAUAGAUUCAGUGUCAUGGCAGAUCCAGAGGACCAGACGUCCACAGAUAGACUGACUGCAGUGUUUAAAGAACUAAAUGAUGAUGACACUACUUCACCCAUCCCAUACAAGAUCUUGAUAGACCAUCCACUGAUUCAAGACGUUGUUGUGGCCUGUAAACAUUUCAAGGCUUUGGACAUAAAGUCAUUGUUGGCUGGAUCGUCAGCUGAUAUCGCAGAGGUCACAAGUCUAAAGACCAUGGACUGAGAUGAAGAGACAGCAGCACUAUACAGCAGCAAAUAAAAACAAUUUCGAUAUUCUCAAAAAUGCCCCAAGAAUAAACAUAAUAUUAUAUUAAAACCUACUGAACAACCAGUCUGUCCAAUAGUGCAAUACGGUGGAGUUUGCUUAAUCUAAAAUCUGGGAGACCACCGGGUUUUCUUUAGUUUAGCCCAGCUUACUGAUGUAGCUCGUAAUAGCUUAUGAUUGUCAAAAGCAUGAAGUUGGGAAUGCUAUGCCUGCAGCAUAUUUAUUUUGAAAGUUUUUAUUUCAUACCUCUAGUAGCUGCAAUCUGAGAUGAAGGCUUUGUGCAUUGUGCUUUCUCUUCGACAUUGUCAGCUGAAAAGUCACACAGAAUAGCUGAAAUAGUAGAUCAGCACACUGUACUGUGCUCUACACAAGGCUACAGAGAAGUAGGCUAAGAAAGCCAAAUGCCAGGACCGGUAAUGUCAGGGGCGGCUGUGGUUUGUAGAACUGACCGGCUGGCUUAGCACAUCGAUACCCUUUCCCACCUUUGCAUUACUUGAUGGAUGCUAGUGAAGAUUCUACAACAUAGCCCCUUGAAAUCUAUUUUAGUUUAGAAAUAGCAUUUUGACUUGUCAGUACUUACAGAAAGGAGAAAAAGAAGUGGACUCUAUACCUUCUUUUUGUUCACUGUCUUUGGAAUACCCAUGUUUGGUUUAAAGCAGACUCCACUGUAUAUUCUCUCAUGUUUCUAUGCUCUCACAGAUCUUUCAGGCAUACCAAAAUUUUCAUUUUUUAAAAUUGGUCCAUCUUUGUAUAAUUCCCUGCUAGAAGAUCUUUUACUUGGGUGUAAUAUAGUGGAACUCGGAUUCAUCGAAGUCGCCGGGCCUGACCUUCAAUUUCGUUGAAUCUGAGUGUUCAUAAGGACAAAUAUGUUUUUUUUGGUGUAAAUAAUUACAGACACUGAGCAAGUAAUGUAUAAUGUAUUCGACUUUGUCAAUCAAAAGUAGUUUGGUUUCAAAUGAGAGUCAUUUCGUUUUUUUGAUACACAAAAAUUGCAUUAAAAUUCCAGGGAAAUACACUGAACUCUAUCAAGCGCACCCUGUGCAAAAGGGCCGAUAUGUUCAAACCUGUGUCAUCUAUCAUCUAUGACAUAUUGUUUUCCGAUCAAGUUAUGUUUCUGUGAAGAGCCUAGCAUAUGGCAAAGUUUGAUUCCACAGUCCAGCCCGCAAUUCAUUACCUAGAGCUAUGUCAAGAUUAGCGUAUCAUUGUAAUCUUGAUAAGUAGCCAGGGAACAAAAUAACUGUGGCGCGUUUGUAUCUAGUGACGUUCCAUGCCCGGGCUGUUUGUACCAAAUCUCCCGAGACACACACACACAGUCACAUGCCAAAUGUGUGCCCAUCCGACCCCAAUGUAUGCUAAGACAUGGGUGCGUGAUAACAAAGUGUGUGUUGGUAUAAAAGGAGGCUGCUGGUUGGUCGCAUAGAGCAAUUCAUCCUGCAAGUGACUACGUUGAAUCCGAGCUUGCUCAUUUAUGUGUUUGUUGAAUCCGAGUUAUUUUUAUUGAUUUUUAUGAAUACAAAAAUCGGGGAAUACAACUCCUUUUGUCGAAUCCGAGUUCGUUGAAACUGAGUUCCACUGUAAUAAAUUAAAGAAGAAUAUGAACCUGCCUUGUAUAUUAUGCUACUUGAUAGCAUGAUAUGAAAUUUCAUAAUUUGAGUCAAAGCUGUGAAGUACAGUGUAAAGAAUUUAUUUCAACUUAUCUUGUGAUAUUAUCCAAAUUUCGACCUGCAGGCUGUUUGAAAAAUACUGAGAGGAUGAAUGUAUACAUACAACUUUCAUCCUAGUUUAUGAUAUUGUGAUUAUAUCAAUGACAGUAAAAUGUUCAAUUUUGAAUAAAUCUUUAUGAAAAAAAUGGUGAA